UAGUUCAUUCCGUAGUAGUUUUCAUCCUUCUUCCACCACUAAACCCUAAAAAAUGGAAUUUUCUCCUUCAGCCUCCUCCAUUGCUCUUCUCCCCCCCUUUCACAACAAAUCCGUGAAAAAAUUAAAUUAAAAAAAAUCAUGAAAAUCUUUCUAGACUUUUCCCAUUUCUUACAAGGAAAAAAUAAUUAGAAAAAAAAAUUAAUUUUUUUUUCUAUAGUUUAAAGUUUUACUUAGAUUUUUUUCUCUUAAAUGAAUAAAUUUUCCAGGUUAUUAAGUUUUCAAAAACAUUUGAUGGUGUGAUCUGGUGGCCGAUUAUGGAGAUUUUCGUCGCUUUUUCUGGGGUUAAUUGAAAGUUGGUUUUUUUUUUUUGUCGUGGUUGUUAGUUGUUACGUGACCAUGUGGUGAAAAGCGUCGGAAUCGGGGUGGUUAAUUUGAUAAAUCAGUGAGUUUGACUCGGUGACUCAGUAAGUUUACUCGGUAGGUGGAGGUUGAAGGAAAGGAAUCUGGCGCCGAUGCCGUCGGUGGAGAUGAGGCGGUCGACGAGGGUGUUUGUUCCGAAGGCGAAAGACGGGGAUUUGGUUAGGGUUUUGAGGUCGGGGCGUCGAUUGUGGGUGGAAUCUGGUGAGGUGAAGCACAGAGGAGGUAAAAAUGGGGAUGAUUGGUAUCCGUUGAUUUCCGAGAGUGUUAUUAAGUGUAAGCAACAGAAGAUCGAUGGCUGGCGGCACGAGGAGGUUAAUCCCAGGUCUGAUCCGAUGGACGUUGACGAACCAAAACCGGAACCGAACCCGAAAAUGGAGCCGGAAGUGAGUCAUAGAUUGCCCAGUUUCAGAGAUGACAAUAAAAAUAGCGAGCAAAAGAUGUUUAGGAAUGUUUAUGGUAGGAAAAGAAAGCGUCUUGAUGCAAGGAAUUCUGGUGGUAGGAAGUUUGGAUUACAUUUUGUUAGACGGAAAAGGAGAAGAAGCGAGCAUAGUUGUUGUGUUGAGAAGUUGGCAGAUGAUGUAAUUGAAGGGUGUGUUGAUCAAGAGGUGUUAUCGGUUUUUGUCGAAUCUUCUUGUGUUGGAUGUUGCUUGUUUUCGAGUGUGUUGAGUUCACUUCUUAUGUAUGUUAGUAAAGAAAGAAUUGGGUUACCUGAGCUUUCGACUUUCCUGCUUUCAAGGCCGAUUUCGCCUGCGUUUGCAUCGUCUGGCGUUUAUUUCUCGCGGAAUUAUCCUUCAAUCAAGAGGAAGGGGUUAUGCCGAAUAUUUGGGGUGAGGCAGUUGAUAGCAAUGUUUACACUUGAUUAUACGGCUGCUCCCCUAUGUUUUCUGCACCUACAUGCGAGUAUGUUGUUUAGGUCGGUGCGCCUGUCUUGUUUAUGUUGGAACGAUUUUGACAGAAAAAAUGAGAGUACUGAUGAACCCCUUACAUUCGUCAAUGGCCAGAGUGAGAGCUCCCUUGACAGAUUAGUUAGCCCUGCUGCUGAUGAUGAGUCGAAGGAUUUGAAGUCUGUGAAUUCAUCUCCGGUGUCGAGUAAAUUAUGCAGCCGAAACCUACAAAAUAGGAUUGGGGUUCUUACACGAAGUGCUUCUAAAAGAAGGAGGAGGUCCUUGAGGAGUCGAAGGGCUAGAAAUCCGUCACCUUUUGUACUGCAGAAAUCGCCAGUAUCUAAUAAGAAAAAAGCCCCCCCUGUAUCACCUUUAGCUUGUAAACAGGAGCUUAGGAGGUCUGUCCGAAAGAGUUGUGUGAGUGAGAUUCAUGUGCACAAGUCUGACUCACUGGGCUUGAAUGUAGACAUUGACUCACAAUGUUGUAUUGCUAAUAUACUCGUAGUAGAAACAGACAAAUGUUACAGAGUUGAGGGAGCUGAGGUAAGGUUAGAUGUCUCUGCUUCAAAUGAGUGGCUCCUGGCGGUUAAAAAAGAUGGUACAACAAGGUAUUCCUUGAAGAUUCAAAGAGAAAUGAAACCCUGUUCAACCAACCGUUUUACUCAUGCAGUGAUGUGGACAGCAGAAAAUGGGUGGAAACUCGAGUUUCCUGAACGCAAAGACUGGACAGUGUUUAAGGAAUUAUAUAAGGUGUGUGGGGAGAGGAACUUUGUACCGACGUCCCCUGGUGUUAAAAUUAUUCCUAUACCUUGGGUAUGUGAAGUGACCAAUUCAUGUGAUUCCCCUGGUGCCUUUAAGAGGCCAGAAUCAUACAUCCGGACCACCAGUGAUGAACUGUCCAGAACCUUGUCAAGGAGGACAGCGAACUAUGAUAUGGAUUCUGAGGAUGAAGACUGGCUAAGCAAACUCAACAAUGAGUUUGAUGCAUCAAAGCAUCUUUCUCAAGAGAACUUUGAAUUAAUGAUUGAUGCAUUGGAGAAGGCUUCUUAUUGUAACCCGGAAGAUGUCAAUGAUGAAAAAACAGCUGCUAAUCUGUGUUUGGAUGUUGGUAGUGUCCAAGUAGUAGAGCCCAUAUUUAGAUUUUGGAUGAAGAAGAGGAAGCAAAAACGAGCCCCGUUGAAUAGAGUUUUCCAGUUAAACCAACCAGCGAGAGCACCAUUGAUUACAAAACCUGUGCUUCGCAAGAAAAGGUCGCUGAAACGGCAGACUGGUCAUCCUAUGCAACGAGGACGAGGGAAAGAUAGUAACGUUCUUCAAGUGAUUGCUGCUGAACACAAUGCUGCAGAAGAACAGAGCGCAAUCCUUAGAAUACACGAGGCAAAAGCAUCAGCAGAUAAAUCAGUGGAGCUGGCCAUUCUCAAGCGUCAGAGAGCGCAGUUCCUGAUGGAAAAUGCAGAUUUAGCCAUGUAUAGAGCCACUAUGGCUCUAAGAAUCGCCGAUGCUGCUGCUGAAAUUUUAGACAUCCAGCAAGCUGUGGAUCAUUUUCUUGACUGAAAGUUAACAAGAUUAUAGGGUUUCAGAGAUGCUAAUUUUAGAGGGCAUUUUGCUCUUUGACAUUUUAAUAUCUUUUAUUAGCGUAAAAGAAUUGCAGUCAUCGGCCAUGGAGGCUGCUUUUUUUGAGGCGUUUGGGUAGCCAGCCUUUGGAAAAUGUAUUGUAUUUUUGUAUAGUAUGAUUAGUAUCCAUUUUUUUGUUGGGGGUUUUUUCAUCAUCUGGUGUACAUUGUGUAUCUUUGUGACGACGACGCCCUGUAAUCUCCUAUGUACAAUGGAUUCGGUUGGUGUCUUUGAGAAAGUAGGUACUGGUAAACAAAAAAGUUAAAAGUUGGGGGACGUGCGAAUCAUUUGUUUGUACCUUUCUAUGCUACUAACUUGGGGGUUGUGUACUUA